UCGUGUAAUCUGGUAAUUAUCUUGGACGUCGUGCAAGAUAUAAGCACGAGGAUCUCCGACGAAGCAUCCAAAUCGGUACAGUUCUUAUUCAGGAGAAAAAUGGCGGUUCCAGUAGCAAAAGCAGCGUCGCUCGCCCACAUAGCUAGAGAAUCUUCGGAUAUCCAUCGCCUUUCUGAAUUCUACAAAGAGAUGUUUGGAUUCGAGGAAAUUGAGAGUCCAAAUUUUGGAGAACUCAAGGUUAUUUGGCUGAACCUUCCUUCUGCCUUUCAACUUCACCUCAUCGAGAGAGACCCUAAAUCCAAGCUUCCUGAAGGUCCAUGGAGCGCCACGUCACCCGUUGUCGAUCCUAGCCAUCUUCCACGAGGUCACCACAUCUGCUUCUCUGUUUCCAGUUCCAAUUUCGACUCUGUCGUUCAUUCUCUCAAGGAAAAGGGCAUACAGACAUUUGAGAAAACCCUACCAAAUGGGAAGGUAAAGCAAGUCUUCUUCUUUGAUCCAGAUGGUAAUGGAUUGGAGAUUGCAAGUCGGGAAGAUUGAGUAAGAAAGAUCUAACUUUACGUAAUGUAAUCGAAUGUAGUCUUGUCUGCGGGCUUAUAAAAAGGGUCCAUAGUUGUCUUGUUGACUUGUGUUGUGUAUCGAAAAAUGGGAAUGUAAGGAAAUGAUAUAAAAAGUCAAUAAAUUUGGCCAUACUGACUGAACCAAUCGAAUCAAAUGGUUGUAUUUCUUAAUGAAGGCUAUGUUGGGCGCC